AUGAACGAGGCAGCCAGAGGUUCGAUGCUUGAGGGACUGGUUGGUGUAGAAGGGGCUUUCAUUUUGUUGGAGCCAGUUCGCCUCGGAGGUGGAUAUGUUUCUCCGCGAGCUUCAGCAGCUGCUUUUCGUCUCUCUGAUUCGGCUUUGCUGGGUCGACCGCGCUUGCGUGGUGGUUCACCUCGGGGUGGCAUGCUCUCCGAACCUGGGGAUAACAGGGCUGAUGCGCCACUCUCACUGCUGAAUGACGCUGUACUGGUCGUUGGCCGAGGUUGUAUCGCACGCGGAGCUAAUAUUGGUUUAUCCGAGGGGAAAAGAAGGUGCUUUCGGGUUUGGCUGUUGUCAAGCGCAGAAGGUAGAGGAGCCGAGGAUUCAUGGCGCGGAGGAGGGAAGGGUGCAAAGCUUGGGUUGAGAGGUGACCAUGGAAGCGAAUAUGACCGGCUUCCCUCAACAGAUAAUCCGACAAACGAUCCAGAGGGGAGGGGGAAAGAAAGAAAGAAAAAGAAAGGAGCCCAGAGGAGUCAGGCUAUAACGAAUGUAUAG